AUAAUCCGUCCAGCAAAGGACCUGCUGUCUAUCCAGGCUUUUCCCCCCCACCGCCUGCCCGCCUUUGAUCUUCCAAUUUCUCUUUCCCCUCCUUCAUCAUUCCUCAACGUCCUCCCUCGUUCACAACCAACAAUUUACACUACUAAAGGUGAGGGCCCCUAGAAGGUACGACGUACUGUCUAUCUUAAUCCACAGUCCUAUUUGCCUCUUGUUAAGUAAAUUGCUGGGCAGGAGCUGACAUUCCACAUUGCACAAUUUAGUGGCUACAUUGUGACCCCUCCUUCCUUCGUCUCCCCGUUUCCACAUAAUAUUACCGUCAAUAUGGCUGCUCCUGCCAACAAGUUCAAGGUCGCAGACCUGUCCCUCGCUGCCUUCGGGCGCAAGGAGAUUGAGAUGGCCGAGAACGAGAUGCCGGGCCUAAUGGCCACCCGUAAGAAGUACGCUGCCGACCAACCAUUGAAGGGUGCCCGGAUUGCAGGCUGCCUGCACAUGACGAUUCAGACUGCCGUCUUGAUCGAGACCCUCACGUCUUUGGGUGCUGAGGUUACCUGGACAUCUUGCAACAUUUUCAGCACUCAAGACCACGCCGCCGCCGCCAUUGCCGCCGUCGGCGUUCCCGUAUUUGCGUGGAAGGGCGAGACGGAGGAGGAGUACAACUGGUGCCUGGAACAACAGCUUGUUGCUUUCAAGGACGGCAAGAGUCUUAACCUAAUCCUAGACGACGGCGGUGACUUGACACAUCUAGUGCAUGACAAGUACCCUGAGAUGCUCAAGGACUGCUAUGGUGUUUCCGAAGAGACCACAACGGGUGUUCAUCACCUGUACCGCAUGCUCAAGAGCGGUUCUUUGCUUGUGCCGGCCAUCAAUGUCAACGACUCGGUCACCAAGUCCAAGUUCGACAACCUCUAUGGUUGCCGCGAGUCGUUGAUUGACGGCAUCAAGCGUGCCACCGACGUGAUGAUUGCUGGAAAGAUCGGUGUUGUUGCCGGGUUCGGCGAUGUCGGCAAGGGCUGCGCCAUGGCUCUUCAGGGUAUGGGCGCCCGUGUGCUCGUCACUGAGGUGGACCCCAUCAACGCUCUCCAGGCGGCCAUGGCUGGAUUCCAAGUCACUACGAUGGAGAAGGCUGCCAAGGUUGGCCAGAUUUUCGUGACGACAACUGGCUGCCGCGAUAUUUUGGUUGACAAGCACUUCCUGGAGAUGCCCAACGAUGCCAUUGUGUGCAAUAUUGGCCACUUUGACAUUGAAAUUGAUGUUGCCUGGCUCAAGGCUAACGCCCAGUCGGUGCAGAACAUCAAGCCCCAGGUCGACCGCUUCUUAAUGAAGAACGGCCGCCACAUCAUUCUGCUCGCCGAGGGCCGCCUUGUCAACCUGGGGUGUGCCACCGGGCACAGCUCGUUCGUCAUGUCAUGCAGCUUCACCAACCAGGUGCUUGCUCAGAUCAUGCUUUACAAGAACAGCGACGAAGCGUUCUCCAAAAAGUAUGUGGAAUAUGCCAAGAGCGGCAAGCUCGAGAAGCAGGUCUACGUUUUGCCGAAAAUCUUGGACGAGGAGGUUGCACGACUUCACUUGGAUCAUGUCAAUGUCGAGCUUACGACCCUUACCGGAACUCAGGCCGAGUACCUUGGCCUGGGCGUCGAGGGCCCCUACAAGAGCGACCACUACCGUUAUUAAUAUUUGAUGUGUUGUAUACUCGCCCUGGCUCUUUUAGUUCGGGGUGUGGUGUGAAGUAGCUCGUUAUAAGGGAUCUUCUUCAACACAACGGGUCUUGGGCUCUUCUCAGCGGCAUGUGUUUAGGGGUUUCAGAGCAUGGUUUUUCAACAGGCACGGGUUGCAUGGUACGGGCUUUGCAAAGGUUGGCUGGGUAUUAAAAGCGGUAGGUCUGGUACACAUUUUCAACAAAAGUACGGCGUUGGCUUUGGCUCAUGAGAUAUCCCACCCCCACACCCAGUGAGAGGCGUUUAACAUAUCUGGUCAUAUUUCUGUGCGGGAGUGUUUGUUUCUUAAAGGGGAGGAAUAAACGACACGGGCCCGUCAACCGAGGCCCGAGAAAUAGACAGACAAUAUAAUAAAGAGGCAACGAGAACAAAACGAGCCCCCUCCUUAGUUACCUAUUAUUGGGUUUCGGUUUUCUACCUUU